AUGACGACGGCACGCAUUGAAGUGGACCGAUCGAGUGGAGACAAAGAUGCAGCUUUCUGGUCCGCACAAGAGGAUGGCUCUGAGACGAAGCCUUACGGUAACGUAGCCACAGCCCAACAAGAAGCUGCUCGACAAAAAGAUAUUGAGUUUCGCCAGAAGUUUGGUGACGCUGGUCCCCUUGGUCUCUCUGGGUUUGCCUUCGCGACGUUUUUAACAGCCUUGGUCAAUCUCAAUGUUCACGGCGUGACUAUUCCCAAUAUUGUCAUUGGACCAGCUCUGGCUUAUGGAGGCCUGGCUCAAUUACUUUCUGGCAUGUGGGACAUCGCCAAUGGCAAUACAGUCAGCGCCACUAUUGCCUGCUCGUAUGGCUGUUUCUGGAUCUCCUUUGCCAUUAGCAUGAUCCCCAGUUUCAACGUCAGGGAUGCGUAUCCCAGUCUUGCCGACUACAACCACGCCAACGGACUAUUUCUCAUGGGAUUCUUCAUCUUCUCAGUGGCCAUUACACUGUGCUCUAUGAAGUCAAAUGUCUUUUCUCUGACGCUUUGCCUUCUUGUGAAUUGCACCUGGCUAUUCCUCGGGGUGGCUAACCUCUGGACUGAAGAGUCGGGAGCUCCUAAUAACGUGCUUCUCAAGUGCGGCGGCGUUACUGGCUUGCUGGUUUCUUUCACAGCGUGGUAUCUUAUGUAUGAAGGUUUGGCAAAUAGACAGAAUAGCUUUGUUUUGCCACCGAAUCCUGAUCUUCCGUGGAAUCCAAGCCGAAGAUCCCAUGGUUCUCACAUAAAUUAG